GGUCUCUACCACGAAGGAGAAAUGAACGUCAGCAGAGUAUCACGCCAGGCAGUCGACUUUACUCGUCUCACCAGCCAAAUCGGACUUGGAAAGGACACCGUCGCCCAAAUCAACGCUUUCAGAAAGCGUGCAGAUGAGGCUAAGCGUCAGUUAACUAACCUCUCAGAGCAAAAAGUAGACGUCGACUUCGCCCACUACCGUGCAACCCUCAAGAACAGCGCAGUUGUCGAUGAGCUCGAAGGCAAGGUAAAGAACUUCAAGCCAGCAACCUACGACGUCGCUGCCGUCAACAAGGCUAUCGACGCAUUCGAAGCCAAGGCCCUCGAAUCUGCUCAGCAAACCGAGAAGAAGAUCGCAGAGGAAUUGAAGGAUUUGGAAGCCACUCUCGACAACAUCCAAUCUGCUCGCCCAUUCGACCAGCUCACCCUCGACGACGUCGCUGCUGCUCGUCCAGAGAUCACCAAGACCGUCGACACCAUGGUACAAAAGGGCAAAUGGUCAGUUCCUGGCUACAAGGAGAAGUUUGGAGAUCUCAACAUCAUGUAAAACUAAUAAAUAUAAAGAGAUACAAUCACAUAAAUCAUUUUUUAUCCAUUCUUUU